UGGGAUAUAGUAAAUAAACAAGGCUCUUCCUGUCAGGCCUCUUAGAGCUGUGGAUUAUUUGAGUUAAUUGGUUACAUUAAGGUUUCGGGAAGGGCAGGUUUAGUGAGAAAAUAGCACAGGAAGGCACUGUAUAUGCAGGGAGUAGGUAAUAUUUGCAUUUUUUUAACCUUGAGAAUUGAAUUUGCAUGCUGCUAAUAUUACAACCAUCAUUUUCUCACCACUUUGAGAAUAUAUUAAGGUUUUGUGAUUUGUAUUGUUCUGUAAGGGAAAGCAAACUCAAACAAGAUGGAUGAAAACAAGGUAUCUGGUGGCAAGGUAAAGAAAUCUGGAAAGAGAGGGAGAAAACCAGCAAAAGUAGACUUGAAGGCCAAGCUAGAACGAAGCCGGCAGAGCGCAAGGGAUUGUAGAGCACGGAAGAAACUUCGCUAUCAGUAUCUUGAGGAGUUGGUGUCCAGCCGAGAGAGAGCAAUCUGCGCUUUGCGGGAGGAACUGGAGAUGUACAAGCAGUGGUGUACAGCAAUGGACCAAGGAAAAAUCCCAUCUGAAAUCAAAGCCUUGCUCAGUGGGGAGGAGCUCAACAAAUCUGCUCCGAAUUCUGGAAAACCGCACAGACCUGGCAAAACGGAUCUGACAGAAAAGUGUCCCUGAAUCCUCUCUCAGCACUUUCAAUUUUGAUGGCCAGUGUCAAAAAUAGAAAAGAACAGGCUCUCAUUGGAUGGAUUCUGUACGGAGGUCAGCUUAGCCUUUGUUCCAACACUCACAGGGCUGAGCCUUGAUGGCUGAUUAAGUCAAGUUCUAGUGAAGUCCUGCUUGAAAACUGGAGUUUUGGAGACAGCUCAUUAUUACCCUGAUUUCCAGGGGGAAAAAGUUAUUUUGGUGAAACUGCAACUGAAACACUAUUUUGUACAAUUCAAUCUGCCCUGCUCUGCUUUGAUAUAAAAUAACCCUUUGAGUGCCUGAGAUACAGAGUGCAAAUGUUAGCAUUUACUUUAUCAACAUGUUUUUCUUCUCAUUUUAAUCUUACAAAUGGUCUCUAUUAAGAAUGUGGAUCCUCACGAAUUAAAGGGAAUAACAUGUACAUCUUUUGUUAAUGGCUUUCACAAUGUACCAGAAUGUGAAGGGUUUGCCUCUGUAUUUUUAUUUAUUUUUUUAAUUCAGAAUUUACCAGAAAGCUGAUUCCUUUGCUGCACUCUACAGUAAUCGAUGCUAAAGUAUUUCAUUUUGGAUGCUUUAGUUAUAUAUUUUAUGUUCUUCAAGGUUUCUUCUGCAGUUAUGCCUACCCAGAUCCAUCUGGCCUAUCCAGAUGUUUGCUGCUGGCAAUCUGCGCUUAGUGUCAGGUUUUCAUAACGCUAAAUGUAUUGUCCUACUAAAUAGCUUUACACAUUAUUCACUAGGUGGAUAUCUCUUGUAGGAACAGCAAUGCAGAGUACGACAUUAUAUUCUUGUAGCACAUCCAAAAGGUUUACCUUAACUACCAGUGCUAUUAUCAAAUAAUUAUGUCUAUUUUUUUGUAAUGUUUUGCUGACACAGUGACUUUAAAUUAUCUUGUUGCUUGUUUAAAAUUUACUUUCAUUUACUGCCUAGCACUUUAGAAUUUUAAAGGGAUGUUUUCUUGAAGAUAAGCUUUAUUUUAUUAAACCUAACUUGAAAAACC